GUAGGCACACAGAAAGAAGAGCUUUUACAGAGUACAGAGCAAGAGGAAAAGCGACUCGAUGUCUCUGCUCAGCAUUUGCACCAGUUCCGAGAGUGUGACAGUGUGUGUGGGUGUGUGUAUGUGAUAGAAAAGCCUCGCGCGCGCUCUAGAUUGGACUUUAAAUGUAAAACACGCUCAAAAAAAAAAAAAGUUUGCGCGACUAAAAGUUUUUUUUUUUUUUACGUAGAAACCCGUAUUUCGUAUUUUUGGAUGCACGCGUGAUUUUUUUUCUUUUUUUUUUUCGAACAAAUAUAUUUUAUUCAUAUCGGGUAUUUUCCGAAGUGAUUCACUGAAUGAGCAACACUAAGCAUGGCUCUGAGUUCAGUGUUACAACACCGCUAAGAAGGAGGAAGAGGAGGAGGAGGAAGGCUAGAAAGUCUCGAGCUGAUUGUGUGUUUGAAUAAUGCCGAUAGAGAGAGUGGACAUGGAGGAGAAACUGCGCAUUUUGGAGGACCUGAACAUGCUGUACAUCCGCCAGAUUGCCCUGAGUUUACAGGACAGCGACAUCCAGAAGAAGAUCGACCAUGAGAUCCGGAUGCGAGAGGGAGCGUGUAAAUUGCUGGCCGCUUGUUCACAGAGGGAUCAGGCGUUGGAGGCUUCCAAAAGUCUGCUCACGUGUAACUCUCGGAUCAUGGCGUACAUGUCCGAGCUGCAGCGCAUGAAAGAAGCGCAGGUCAUGCAGCGGGUGGCACGGAGGUCAUCAGAUGCAGGCCCGAUGGACGAUCGAUCUCCAUGUAAAGGCAAAGUUGCAAUUUCAGAUCUUCGAAUCCCCUUGAUGUGGAAAGACACAGAGUACUUUAAAAACAAAGGAGAGCUCCACCGCUGUGCUGUGUUCUGUCUGCUGCAGUUAGGCGGGGAAAUCUUUGACACAGACAUGGUGAUGGUGGACAGAACCCUCACGGACAUUUGCUUCGACAACACCAUAGUCUUUAAUGAAGCGAGCCCAGGUUUUGAGCUGAGGUUAGAGCUGUACAGCUGCUGCACAGAAGACGAUUACUCAGCGGGCAAUACACCACGCAAGCUGGCCAGCAAGCUGAGCUCGUCCCUGGGACGCUCAUCUGGAAAGAAGAUGCGUGCAGGGCUGGAGUCUGGAGCCUGCAGCCCCAUCAGCAACGGGGGCAACGCACAACUGCUGCUUCCUGUCCCACCUGUGCCAGGACCCAAGUACCAUCUCCUGGCUCACACCACUCUCACUCUGUCCCAUGUUCAGGACAGCUUCCGCACACAUGACCUCACCAUAACUGGCAACGAGGAGUGUUCAUACUGGUUGCCGUUGUAUGGAAGCGCAUGCUGUCGUCUGGCCGCUCAGCCCCUCUGUAUGACCCAGCAGAUGCUUAGCGGAUGCCUCAGGGUGAAGCUUGGUGGGGAUCCUAAAGGAUGGACGAAAGUUUACGGUGUCCUAAAGGGGACAAACCUCUUCUGUUACCACCGACAAGAAGAUUUGGAGGCCAAUGUCGAGCCUUUAUUAACGAUCAGCAUUAACAAAGAGACGAGAAUACGAGCAGCAGAAAGAGACCCCCAAAGCAAAGCUCAGAGUAUCUGCGUCAGUAACCAGUAUGGAGGAGAGGAGGUCACGCACACGCUAGUGACAGACAGUCGAGAGGACACACAGCGCUGGAUGGAGGCCUUCUGGCAGCAGUUCUUUGACAUGAGCCAGUGGAAGCAGUGCUGUGAUGAGCUGAUGAAGAUCGACCUGCCUUCACCACGCAGACCUGCUCUGGUUACAACCAAACAGGGCUCGCUCUACCAUGAGAUGGUUAUUGACACAUCUGAUGACAUCAGUGCCGUCACCGAUAUCCUGACGAGGCGUAUUGAGGAGUUUGAGUUUCAGACCCCGCCGCACUGGAUGUACUUGUUUAAGGAAGAGCCUCCCGGUAGCCCCAAAAACCUUCGGCAAGGCUCUCCACGCCACUCUCCCAGUCCCCGCUGUCACCGGCCUCAUGCACUGCUCUCCUCUGAGGCCAGCCUGGCCUCAGACACCUCCAGCCCCUGCAGCUCUAGCCCAUGCUCGCCCCACUACCUCGCCUCUAACCGUUUCCGCCCUCGUACACUUUCCCUGGAUGCCAAGCUGUCCACGCUGCGAGGAAGAAACUACGGGGGACUCCACUGUUCGUGCCAACCGCCAUCAUCCAGCUCGCUCCAUCAGCAAGCUCCGCCUCUUUCCUGCUCAAGCUCCACUUCUAGUAACAGCUCGAGCGAAGGGAGUAACAGCCCAGAAUCGGAUCUCGCCUUCUCGCGACCUUCCGGGGCACGGCGCAGCCUGAGGAACCUCCGAGCAAAGCUGGACCCCAGAAACUGGCUACAAAGUCACAUUUAGAUCCUUCAGAUCCUUCCAUCUUGAGGAAAGAAUUUCUUACAAAAUUACCUACAUCCCAACCAUUCAGUCCUUAAAGAGUAACUCUUUGGAAGAGAAGGUUUAACUGUAUACCUGUACUCAGAAUGAUGGACAAAGGUUGCAGUUAAUGGGAGAGUAUCUGAAAAUAGGUUCUACAACGUGGUGAUGAAUAAUUAUUUAACUGUGGUUUGAUAGCAGUUUAAUGUAAUACGCAAGUCCUGUGAUUCUGCACCUCAAACUGGAGUUCGGUAUUCCUAUCAGUCAGUUUGCUCCUCCAAUCUCCUGGACUAAUGAUCUGCAGUUAGUUGCAGCAGCGGAACUGGUAGAUAAUAUUAAGUUUAACUAAAAAAAGAAAUCAUUGGUAACUUAACAGCCUCUAAACUUUAAUUUACAAAACAAGCUACUGAAAAUUGCUUUACUAAAAAAAUGUUUUUUUUAAAAAACAAACAAAUAGUUUAAAGCUUAAACCGUGCAGCCGCCAUUUUAUAGGCGCAGCGCUGUACAAAAUGUUCACAAUGUUACUUUACUAUAGUUUAGUCUUAUUAUGCAGAUCAAAUUAACAGCAGCUUUUUAGACGUUUUUUCAUUAUUCAUUUUGUAAAACAAUUUCUUAGACAUGCAUUAUUUUAAUGAAAAAACAGUGGAAAAAGGAAACACUAGCUACCUUAUCACAUGUUUUGAUGAUCGAACCUGAUCGGCCUGAUUUUUCCAACCAAAACAUCCAUCCAGCAGUGAUGUAUUCCUAAACUGUUACUGAUGAGGUGCUGGGUGAGGAUUUACACAUUACGUACAAGCUGCAACAAAGUGUUUAAAAUCAUGACACCGGUGUUGUGCUGAUAGUCAUUGUACUCCCAUGUUAGCGUAAAUGUUUGAGCAGCGGUCAUCUGGUGCUCACUUUCCACUGAUUGACAAGAAGAAAAAAACUGACAAAUUGUCCGUACAUAUUAUAUACACAACAGGCACCAAUCCACUACGUCUGCUAGUUGUGCACCUUACAGUAAGUUAAUGGGUUGUUGGGUUAAAAAAAAAAGGUACUGACUAUUCCUUUACCAUUCAUAUACUCCAUCAGUGUACCUUUAAAAAUUAUUGUAUGUAAAUAUUAUCUUCAAAAGGUAUAGCUUAGUACUCUCUUUCAAAUAGUGUGUGUGUGCCACUCAAAACUAUAUCCAACUAAAGUUUAACCGGUUGCUGAAUUUGGUGCAGUAGUUUAUCACUUUUACGAAAUGUACAUUUCUUAGAACAAUGCAAGCUUUAGAAAUUAUGGAUUACAAAUCAGGAAUUUUCAGUAUGUAACCAGUUCUCAUUAUGUUGCAGGCUGCUGUAGUGAAGGUGCUCCCGAUUGCAGAAACGCAACGGGUCAGAACGUAUCAGGUGUUGUAAUAUUACCCCGGUGUAUAUGAAACGUACAUGACUAUGCAACUGUUUUCCAGUUUAAUGCGCUACCUGCAUCAUCAGUGCAGUUUGCUUCUUGUGAUUUUAGCACUUUUCAUAAGCUAUCAAUGGGAAAAUUGAGGUCAAAAGUUAUUUUGUCAUUUGUAUGCUUCAUGCUUUAUACAUACAAGAGGUCGCUAUUGAAAUGAUCAAAAUCUAGUCUACACUAGACACCUCCAGUAAUGAACAAGCUGAUACCUGAAUAUACAUAUGUACAUCUCAGGAUUGUCGUUUUUCAAAGUGGGGCAUAAGUCGCGCAUACGUAAAUAAUAAGCACACAAUGUGUUAAAUAUAGUGUGUGGUGCGGUGGGUCUGUGUUCUGUUUCAGUUGUACUGACAAAUACAUCAGUAUGGUGGACGUUAUAGUGAACUUGUACACUGUAUUACGAUACUGAAUUGAAAUUAUUAACUAAUUCUGCUUUUCAUUGCUAAUUAAGAGCCACCAAGGUCAACUUUGAACCUGUAAAGUCAUUCAGUCUGUGUUGUAAAGUUUUGUAAAUUAACAGCUUUAUUUCUUGCCUUUGUUCAAACUGUAUUUUAUCUUAUCCUUUAUCUUUAUUUUUAUUUUUUGUUAUAAAUAUAGCUAUUGAGAUAUUUUAUCAGAUGACUAUACUGUAGGUCUAACUAUUCUGGUAGAUAAUAUUAAGUUUAACUUGGAGAUGAGCAUCCUGUCAGCAGGCUGUCUGCAUGCACAUUGCCAUUGGAGUGAAAACUAACUCAGCAUGUAGAAUAAUGAUAAUAGAAAAGCAGAUUAUUAAAAAGCUAUAAAUAA